UGUAUCUUCUCCAAGGUCGAUCAGUUAUCAAUUUUUUUUUUAAAUCAGGAUUCAUAUGUCCAUUGUUUGUUUAUUGAUGUUCUAUACUUGUUUAUGCUGUAGACAAUUAAUGCAUAUAAGUUUGAGCGUCAUGCUGGUUGUAAAACAAAACACCCAAAUAAUCACAUUUACUUUGAGAAUGGGAAGACAAUUUAUGGGAUUGUUCAAGAGCUCAGGAAUACACGUCAGGAUUUGCUGUUUGAAGUUAUCUAGACAAUCAGUGGAUCACCUAUUAACCAAAAAUCCUUUCGUAUUUGGAAAGCUGCUACACGUGAACUUCAGAGGAUAUAUGGGAAGGAUGAAGGAAAACUUUUGUCUUGAAAUAGUGACAAUAAAAAGUGAUGGUCUUCGACUAGAACUUCUUAAUAAUGCGCACCCAAAGCUGCUUGAGCUGAUGCAGAGGUGUAGGGAAGCAGUUCCUGGCAACCGGCCAUCGUUCUCUGAGGUAAGAGCAGAACUUGAGGAACUUUUACAUGAAGUUUGAUAUAAAAGAGGUCAGAGGUGUAUAUAUCAUAUAUGCUUU